AAUGAUUAUCAGUUGCUCCGGUUGUGGUUAGCGGUUGGCUAGCUAGCUAAACUGGGUACCCGUCUUGCUGAGAGUUGACAGCUAUAAUUUGUGUUUUAUCCGUAGCUGUGUGCCGAAAACAAUCGCCACGAUGUUCGAGGAGGCUAGUGAAAUGUUUGACAACAUGUUUAAAUCUUCAUUCCCACUCACCUUCAUUGUGUUUAUCCCCGCGGUGCUGAUCCUGGUGUCACCGCUCCCGGCCGAGGCGGCACAUGAAUUCACGGUGUAUCGCAUGCAGCAGUACGACCUGCAGGGGCAGCCGUACGGUACCAGGAAUGCCAUCCUGAACACAGAGGCCCGUACUGUGGAGGCGGAGGUACUAAGUCGCCGCUGUGUCAUCAUGCGGCUGGCAGACUUCUCCUAUGAAGAGUACCAGAAAGCCCUGCGCCAGUCAGCUGGGGCUGUGGUCAUAAUCUUGCCGAAGAAUAUGUCUGCUGUGCCCCAGGACAUAGUGCAGCAGUUCAUGGAACUGGAGCCGGAGAUGUUGGCUACUGAGACCAUCGUCCCCGUCUACUUUGCCAUGGAGGACGAUGAGCUGCUGUCCAUCUACACCCAAACCUUGACCUCCUCCUCCUCACAGGGUGCCUUAUCAGCAGCUGAAGUGCUGCUGCAUACGGCCACUGCCAACGGCUUCCAGAUGGUCACCAGUGGAGCACAGAGCAAAGCUGUCAGUGACUGGGCCAUCACCAGUUUAGAGGGUCGUCUAGCUGGUGUCGGAGGAGAGGACCUGCCCACCAUUGUCGUGGUUGCUCACUAUGACUCCUUUGGUGUUGCACCAUGGCUGUCGUACGGAGCAGACUCAAACGGCAGUGGAGUGUCCAUGUUACUAGAGCUGGCUCGUCUCUUCUCGAAACUUUACACCUACAAGAGGACACACGCUGGGUACAACCUGCUGUUUUUUGUGUCUGGUGGGGGGAAGUUUAACUACCAGGGUACCAAACGUUGGCUGGAGGACAAUCUGGACCAUACAGACUCCAGUUUGCUACAGGACAACGUAGCCUUUGUAUUGUGUCUGGACACUCUGGGGAACGGAGACUCUUUGCACCUCCAUGUGUCCAAACCUCCUAAAGAGGGAACCCCUCAGUUUUCUCUGCUCAAGGAGCUGGAGCUGGUGGUUGCUAGUCAGUACCCAGAGGUCAAGUUCUCCAUGGUCCACAAGAAAAUCAACCUGGCAGACGACAUGCUGGCCUGGGAGCAUGAGCGCUUCGGGAUCCGCCGGCUGCCAGCCUUCACGUUGUCCCAUUUGCCCUCCCACCGCUUGGCGCAGCGCUCCAGCAUCAUGGACGUGCGGUCAGUGUCCCCCUCCUCUCGCCACGGAGCGGGAGAGCCCCCUGCUGGGCCUCAUGUAGAUGUGAAGAAACUCAACAGGAACACCAAGGUGGUGGCAGAGGCACUGGCCAGGGUCAUCUACAACCUCACUGAAAAGGGGGCUCCUGGAGACCUGCAGAUCUUCACUGAACAGAUGCAGGUUCAGGAGGAGCAGCUAUCAGCGGUGGUGGACUGGCUCACAGCACAGCCCCGAGCCGCUCAGCUGGUGGACAAAGACAGCAGCGUGGUGUCCACUCUGGAGUAUCACCUCGGACACUACCUUAAGGAUGUCAAGAGACACUAUGUCAAAGCUGACAAAAGGGAUCCAGAGUUUGUAUUCUACGACCAGCUGAAGCAGACUAUGAAUGCUUACAGAGUGAAACCUGCUAUUUUUGACUUGUUGCUGGCCGUCUGCAUUGCAGCCUACUUAGGGAUGAUGUAUCUGGCUAUCCAGAACUUCGGAGUCCUGUACAGCGUUGUCCGCAGAAUCACCCAACCCAAGACAAAGACCCAUUAAGGUGCACAAUGCUGUUUUUUUGUUUGUUUUGUUUUUUUUCUCAGAUCCCAUCUUUUUCCUCAAAUCAAGAAACUUUAGCCGGAAAGAACACAGAAGCUGGGCCGAGCUGCUGUUUUCAUGAUGGUUUUUAAACCACCAGAAUCACUUCCGUUUCCUUCAUCCUGAUCCACAAACUAUGAUGUCAGAUCUUGUCCUGCUGCCAGCUUAAUCAAUUUGGUCUCAUGGACCAGAACAAUCAGGAAUCAUUUUUCACUCUCCCUGUCUUUAUCAACACAGAUGUCUUGUCAUUCAUUUGUGAUAAUCCCUUGCGUUGGAAGUAUUUCAUUAUUUGACUCUUCUGAGGGAUGUAAAGCAUUUGUCCACCAUGCCUCUGACAUCUAGAUGAGAUUAAGUGAGAGUUUGUGAUGUUGUUGUACCGCUGAUCGCUCUUCGUUCCUCCGCUCGGUCUACUGUAUGAGUGAUCAUUCUGCCAAACAGACGUCACGUGUUGUCUCAGGCAGCUACAGGGAGAAACUGACCACACAGAGUUUAAUCCAGCUAUUUCUUUUGUCAAGAGAUGUGUUCACCAACCUUUGUUAAAGGAUAAGUUCACAUUUUUUCAGUCUGUCUUAAUACAACACUCACAUUCCCAUAAAAAACGUUGAUUUAUUGGUGACUAUUCUUUCUCUCCAUACUGACUGUGAAGGGACCCCCCACCUCUGAGUAAAGUCUUGGUAGGAAACUCCACACACAGAGCUCAUCAAGGAAACACUGUCCUUGAAAGCAAAUAGAGGAAAUUUCAUACUAAAAAGACUAAACAUUAAUAUUUUUCCACCUGGACCAUAUUUUCCCAUGUUUUAGCCUACGAAUGAGGACAGUUUUUAGAAUUGGUGCAGUUUUGGGGCGAGCACACUGCAGUCAACAUCAAAGUACGUCCACUAAAGUGCUUGUUUUUGCCACUGACAGGCUUAGAUUGUUAUAAAAGGAUCCCUACAGAGAGAGACCUUUUUUUUUUUUAAAGAGUAAGACCCUUUUUUUUUUUUUUUACUGAAAACAGCCGCUUUAUGGCUCUAUUGGAAGCCACCAAAUUCUCUUGACAAAAACUGUAAUUUUACCUCUGUGGGUCCACAGCUGCUUCUUUGUGUUAUUGUGUGUCUUUGUCUUUAACACAAACAACAAACACGAAAGUCAGACAAUAACACUGUUCUGCGCGGUAGAAUUUGUUUUUGUCAAGGGAGUCUGGUGCCUUUGAACAGUGAGAUAUAGCGACUGUUUAUGCUUAAACAAGACUCUCUAAACACUCUAAAGAAGGUCUGUCCCUAUAGGGAUCCUUUCCAUAAUGUUGUCAGACACUUGUGGAAACAACCUGAGCUUGUCGGUGGCAAAAACAGUGCACUUCAGUGGAUGUAUUUUGACGGGGCACAAUUGCCCGCAAGGAUUACAUUGCAGCCCUGUUAAGCUGCUGCCAACUGCAGCGAUCUUACUCAAUACUGGACCAGUUAAAAAAAAUGUUGUCCCAAUUAGUCACUUAUAAGCAAAAACCUGGGAAAAUGUUUUUUCUGUUGAAAUGUGGUGGUGCUAGAAAGGGAGAUCCUCAGAGCCAGUAUGGAUAGGAGGAAUGAUCAGUGGCCAGUAACUUUCAGUGUACAUAUGGGAAUAUUGUGACAAGACAGACAGAGAAAUCUUCUCUUUUUAAUGCUCAGUGAAAAUGACUCCGAACACAAAUAUCGUUUACGGAUAAGACGAGUUGUCUAAAUAAAAUGUGAAGUAGUGUUUAGAUUAUCCUGAUUCUGUUGCCUUGGUAGUGAAUUUAUUAAAAGAAAGUCGAACGGAAGUAAAUCAUUGCCAAAAAAUUAUUGUAUGCAUUAAUCUGCCCAUUUAAUACAUAUAGUUAUAGAAGUUUAAAACAAAUUUCUACUUGAAAGUUUCCUUCUUGCUUUUUGUGUCACCUUUUUCUGUAGCUGAGGUUUGUUUCCUGUUGCUGUGUGACCUGGUCUGUGUUAUUUUUAAACCCUGAAAUUAUUAAAAAGACACGCACAUCAUCUGAAACCUCACGUUAAAGGUCACAUGCAACCUACAGGUUUAAUUUUUUACCUAAUCAGAGCAUGUGCGUAAAGAGGCAACCCAUCAUGAUGAGAUAAAACUCCCCCUUUACUGCUUUUUUAUCAGUAGUGCUGAAUUUGACCUUUUGCCGACUGUAGCAAUAACAUGAUUUGACUUAAUUUUUAAAGCUGUCAAGAUUUUUGUCAAGCCAGCACUGCAGUAUUUAUACACUAGUUGUCUUAAAAUGGGCAAUAACACAAAGGGUGUUGUUUUAAAUGGGGAAAAUAUCUUAAACACACCUAGAAUAUUAAUUGGUAAGAUAUUGGUGUGAACGAAUACUGCAUUGUUUCCUUGACCUGUGCUCUGCCUUGGUCUUGCCUUUGUUGUGGGUGAAUUGUGUGUGUGUUUGCCAUUUUGUAUUUUCCAUGUGUAACUGCAUCAUGUGACCUCGCACCCGGUAACAACAGGAUUUUUUAAAAAUUUACCAACACGAGGGAAAUACUGUGUGGUACAUAUGAAUUUUUAAUUUAUUGAAGCAGUUUCAUUUGUGCACUGAAAUGAUGAACUCUCCUCUGGUCUGAACUCUGUUUCACCUCAUCCACACUUGAUCUUUGCAAUGAAAAUGAUGCCAGUUGAGAGGAAAAAAAACAACACGAAAUUAAAAGAAAUCACAAUGAA